AUAGGCUCUUUCGUCCACUUGGUGUCGCUGCUUUUUCUCUGUUCAUUUUUUUUUUUUUUUCAAUGAACCUUCUUGCUCACCGUCGUCAGUUUGCGAGCUGUGUUUUAUAACAUGUCAAACAUGGGGGCACGGGUUGCGCGAAUGUUCCGAAAUGUCAACCUGGAGAACCGUGUUCACCGAGAAAUCUCCAAGGAGAAGCCGCGAGCAGCACCCCGCCACGAGGCCGACCUGUCGCGCUCCUCCGGCGGCUCUGAAGCCGCGGAGACAGCGGAGUUGGUGAGCCAGAAGAACGCCCCGCUGCUGGGCCUCCUGCGCUCCGUGUAUGUGGAGUCCAAGGACCCGGCAGCAGCAGAGGUCAGCCCGGGACACUCUCUACCCUUCUGUGUGUCUGGGGAGGGAGGCUGCUUCAGUUGAAUGCCCUCCAUAUAUACCAUUAUAAGAAUGUUUGAUUAUUAGAAGCUGAGGUGGGGAAGUACUCAGAUGUUGUUAUUCAGUAAAAGUGGAAGUACCAGAGUGUAGUAAUACAAUUUAUAACAGAGUAUUCCUUACAGGUAAAAGUCCUGCAUUCAAAUGUUACUCAAGUAAAGUAUUAGUAUCAACAUAUAUUUAAAGUUCCAAAAUUGAAAGUAGUCAUUGUGCAGAUUGGUCCAUUUGAGAAUAAUAUAUGAUAUGUUUUAUAAUGAUUGAUCAUUAAAGUGUUCUCAAAGCUGGUAAA